GUUCCUUGUUAUCAGUCGUUCAUUUAGUUAGUGUAACACAGGACAGCCAGCUCGGCUCUCUUGGUCUCACGCGAUCCAUUUCACAUUUGAUUUCUAUUUACGUUUCAGUCUUUAACGUAGCCCGGGACGAACAUUAUGGAGGUUGUCAAUCCUUACCUAUGUCGAUAUAAAGGUUAUGUCUUUUCAACAGGAGUUACUACGCCAGAAUACAUCGAUUCGCUCCAAACAUUCGAGAUAAGGGACAGCGAUAUUUUUCUGGUCACCUAUCCAAAAUCAGGCACUAUAUGGACUCAGCAGAUCCUCAUGUUGCUCUGUGAGGCAGACCUCCCAAAUGACGUUGUGUACGCCAACAACCUGGAGACCAUGCCCUGGCUGGAGUACCUCGAUGGGCGCCCCGACUACGCCUUGCGCCCCUCCCCUCGUUUAUUUGCCUCUCACCUCACCCCCGCGCUGAUGCCCCCAGGACUGAAGGGCAAGAAGGCCAAGAUUGUGUAUGUGAUGAGGAACCCAAAGGACAAUGUGGUCUCCUAUUUUCACUUCUGCCAUGCUUGGACCAAACUGGAGACCCCAAAGAGCUUUGAGGACUUCAUGGAGCAGUACCUGGAGGGAGUAGUUGGUGCUGCUUCCUGGUUUGAUCACACCAGGGAAUGGUACUCAAAAAGAGACCAGUACAGCAUCCUGUUCUUGAGGUACGAGGACAUGGUCAAGGAUCUGAGGUCUGAGGUGUUGAAGAUAAGCAAGUUCCUUGGGAAGAACCUGGACGGCUCGGCCAUCGACCGCGUGGUGGAGAGGGCCACCUUCAAGAACAUGAAAAAGGACCCCAAAGCCAACUACGAGUUCCUGCCCCAGGAACUGCUUGAUCGUGAGCAGGGACACUUCCUGCGCAAAGGUACGGUCGGGGACUGGAAGAACACCUUCACAGUGGCCCAGAGCGAGCGGUUUGACCAGGUCUUCCAAGAGAGGAUGCGGGACAUCCCCCUGCAGUUCACAUGGGACAUUCACGAGCAUCCUGAGUAGCAGCCACGGUCCAUUACUUAGUCUUAUUAUCAUCUUCUAAACAAACGGCUGUUUUCCCCCUUAAGUCUUGAAAUUUCUCAUAUGCUGAAAUUGCUGUAAUUGCAUUUAGUGUCCUUUUAAUUUUAAGUUUGAAUGCCAAACUGUGACAUUAAAUAGAAAUCAUCAAUUGAAAGCCUUAAUGUCUGUGUAGGUAAUGGUUGUUGAGGCCUGGCAAUGGAAUUUACAAUUUUGGAGGCAGCACCAGUUUCAAGUGAAGAUCAGUGUGGUAUGACUGGCCUUUUAACAUGGGUGGUAUUUUUACCCGAAGGCAUAGAUUACACGGCUGGUUACACUUAACAGUUUUCGCCUACAACCAUCAGCUGUACACUUAAAAGCAGGAGUAAAUUUCUAUCUUGUAUUGGUAUUCAAUAGCUGAGCUGAAUUCUUUUUUCAUGUUUGAUCUUGUUAAGAAGAGGCUAAAACCAUGAAUCCUCAAUAUCAUUGUGCUUAGUCCUGCAUUUAAGAAACAUAAAUUCUCUUUAAUAAGUACAUUUUUCAGCUUUUAUAUAAGCCAGUCCUCAAUGUGCCUGACCCCCCUUCUACACUUUAACUCGACAUCGCCCAAUCAGGGAAAGCCUCCUCAAGUUCUCCUAGAUAAGUCUUAAUGAUGGCCGCAGGAAAAAGCUUUUAGUGCAUUUUAGAGCCUUGGAGAACAAGGGUCUUCCUCUUUAUUUCAGCGGGGGGUUCCAUGGUUGUGUGACCACAACAUCCAAGUUUUUCCAGCUUGUUUCCUUUUGUUCCUGUUGUGUAGAAACUGGAAGGGAAACUGGAAGUUGGUAAUACUCACAAAUUCUGGUUUAUAGGUCUCUCUAUUUACUGGUAAUUUCAAAUUAAUGUCUGGUCUUGUUUUUUGGAAAUAUAAAUAGUGAGCCUACAUUCAUUAAUUGAUGUAUGAUGUCAAUUCAUUAUUCUAAUUGAUCUGUAUCCUGUUGUUCAUUUAAUAAAAUAAUUUGAUUGUAAGACUUUA